AUGAGUUCGGAUGAAAAAUUAGGAGAGCUGAGACAGCUUGCUGCCAAAUUUAGACCUCAAAUCGAGGAUGUCUACAAUUGUUCCAGUCAGGGCAUCGAUGAAUCGAAAUUGUUAAGCGAGCUUCUGAAACUUAUAGAUAGACUUCCACCAGGAUUCCAUUUAUUUUGUGACCCAGAGUUCGACCCCAUCUCAGUAUUUUGUUUGACUCUCUUUUCUUUCAGUAACCAGGACACUAUUGCAUGGCUGAAAGGCAAAUUCAAUCCCAUACUUGCCCAGUGCAGAGAUUGUGUCCUGCAUUUCACGCAAGGCAGGUGUAAAAUGCUGCAACAUUUCGCGAUUCAGAGAAAAGUACCUCAUGAACACGUCACCAAAUUCAACGACAUUGUCUCAUCUUGGAGGGCUGAAUCAAUCUUUCCUGUAAUCCGUGGGAUUUCUAUCAAUAACAAUACAGACGUGCAAGUAACAGAGCACAUUAAAACUGCACUAUUUGAGUGCCUUUGCAACCCGCAAGUUCUGCGAACUAAUGAAGGAUUAAAGCGAACCUUUGAUGUUGUAUUCAAAUUUUUGUAUGACUCCAAGCAUACCUUUUUAGAUUUAAGCGGUUCUCAGAAUGGGUCCAUCGACAGAUUUACUGCUGGUGUCGUUUACUGCUGGUUCGAGGGAAGCGUCGAGGAAGUUGCCUGGUCCGGCGGUUUUUUGAAGAAACUCUACGAUGAUGGAUUUGUCUUCAACUCAACAAAUUUUACUCAGGACAUAUUGGAAGAAAUCUAUAUCCACUUUCUCUAUUUGCAAAACGUAAACAAUUUCCAUGAAGCACUGGUUUCACAUUUCUGGUCUAAAUUAACUCCGAUUUUAAACUUAUUUGAAACUACACUUAUUGAAGAAUAUUUCAUUGUACCGAAAAACAUUGAGUCUUUGCGGCAGUCUAUAAGAAGUCCUAUCGAGUCUAUUUUCAAACUAUGGUACAAUCAUUUCGCACAUAGUUAUCAUGAUAAGCCAUUGGAUAUACUGCUCAGGGCGUUGAAGGUAUUCCUAGUAAAAUUUGAAGAACGGUUCUGGACUUUGAUUGAGCCCUAUACUUUUCAUAGUAUUCUUGAUAUUCUUUUCGACAAAAACAGCUUUUCUAAUAAGCUGAUAAGAAUUCAAAACAACCCAAUAUUACCGAAUAAUGCAGAAACUUUAUUAGCCCCAGUUGGAUCAUUAACAGAUCUAGUAUCCUGGACUCUUCCUUUUUAUCAUUCAUUAUCAUCUUCAAAGCGGAUUCAGAUGGUAAAGAAGGUUUCGAUGCCAUUUUUACGAAUCGUCUCUAAUCAUCAGGUUUUAAAGCCGAUUCCAAAGGCUUGUUUAAUGAAUUCUUCGACCUCACUUUUGAGCGCUGUUCUUACAAUUACUGAUGAAGAGAGGUCGAUGUUGUACAAGAACGACAACUUUGAAACAAUGUUAUAUGCAAAAGUCGAUUCUAGAGCUUUACUCAACAAUAGUAUGGUAUUACAUGUCGUUAUUCAAUCAGCCACCAAUCCUAAUACCCUGUAUCCAGGUAUUGGGGAUUCGGUAUAUUCUGUUUCUUCAUCUGCAAUGAAAGUUUUAUCGAAUUGCAUUGAUUACGACAUUCUCAUUUUAUGUCAAGCAACUUAUAAGCUGUAUUGUGGAAGAAAGACAAAUGAAGUCAGAGUCACCAAUAUUCUUUUAUCUCAAGUUGUGCAACACUUAGAGCUGAGAAGAUUCCAUGAUGGUCCUACUCUAGCAGUUCAGCUUUUGGCUUCGUUACGAAACGUAAAUGGACUUUUAACAUUUAAAUCGAAAGAUCCUGUAGUUUCCGAUCACAACAAGUUGAUUCAAUCUUACAUCGACCUGUUGAAGAAAUUACUUGCCAAACUGACAGAUAUCUUGCCGAAUCAACUGGUCAAGGUUCUUUCCGAUGAAUACGCAUCCGCAGGCUUUUGGUCUUGCAUUUUCACGUCAGAUACUGAAUUAUAUCAAGCAGCUACCAACAUUCUUUAUGAAACUUUUGAUGUUGAAGGUCGAUUGGAAGGUAUACAAGAAAUGUUCAACUGUAGCUUGAAGAAUAGCGUGAAUUCUAUCAACAUUGUUCUAUCUCAACUUAUCAAAAAUGAGUUUUAUGAGCCUUGUCCAAGAGCCCUGCGUGUCUUAAUGGACGUAAUUAAUGGGUUAACAGAUCCUGUCAAUGGUAUCAUUGCUAAUUAUAAAACAUUAAGAAGUAGUGACACAGAUACUGCUCUUCGCAAUUUCUGGUCCUAUUCUUGGGACUUUUUGAAUAUGAUCUAUAAAGCAACUCUAAGAUGGGCUACUAAAUAUCCGUAUGCUGAACUCGAAAAUUUCACAAAAGAUACGUUGGAUACGAGUAUAUUAUUGAUCGACUCUUACAGAGAAUUCUCCGAAAUUCUAAUUACUGAACAUUCAACCACUAUGGGAACAGAUCUUUUUCAAAACAUUCUCGUUGCUUUCAAGAAUAUGCUUUAUUGGUUGAGAUUGAGUGACGAAUAUUUACUUGCAUCUUGUGUGCAAUUAAUUGUCCGUGCUGCGGAUCUAGCCAACGAAAAGGGUUUGUUAUUUGACGACGAAUUGGUUGCAAUGAUGGUGAGGUAUGCUGUGAAAGCUCGCAAGUAUUCCAAUAAACUAACCGUUCAACAGUCGGCUGAGCUUCUUUCUAGAGCUAAGGGUAUUAAUGAAAGUUUAACUGACGCAAUUGCUGCCGAGGCUGACCAAUAUCACAAGGAAAAACAAAAACUGAGUGUCUCAAAUGAGCAAAAUUCGCAAACGGCUAUGACAGUUAAAUCAGAACCAGUUGGAUUUCGAACUUCAGCACCCGAAUCAAGGGCGGACUUUUUGCAAAGGAAGGCGAUGUCUUCUUCAAUUGUUGGCAGACCUAAAGCACAGCAAAAAAUUACCUCCUUUGGGACUUUCAAACCUGGAAUGACAGCGAGGCCACCAGCACCAAGCCAGAAACCUAUGUCCAAAUUGGAAUUGGCGAGAAGACAAUUGCUUGCAGAUAGAAAAGUACAUCCGCCAACCUCAAAUGUUUUCAAUCCAAGGACAGUCAAACCACCUGUUCAACGGAUUUUAGAUCAUAGCAGCGACGAAAGCGAUGAUGAUAUCGACAAUGCAAAAGAAUUGUUUUCCAUUUCUAAACCUAAAGAAAGAAGUACACCAAUCCUUUUGGAUAUUAAUGGUAAACCUGUUCAAAAAGUCUCGAAGGCACAAAAGAAGAAGAACGAAGAAGAAAAUAUGAGAAAAAGAUUGAAUGUUGACUUAAAUCCUUUCUAUUCCAAAGUGCUUAAAUGGAACUAUACCAACACAGGUGAGUAUCCUUCGGACUCUCACACGGUUAAUUAUGAAGACAUCAAAGAUGAAUUUAAUUCAGCUCAAGAAUAUCAAAAAAUCAUGGAACCUCUACUUUUGCUAGAGUGCUGGCAAGGUUUAUGUGCCGCUCGUGACCGAGAAGAUCACAAACCCUUCAGCGUUAUUGUUGGAAACAGAACUGCUGUCUCCGACUUUUAUGAAGUUUAUGCAUCGAUUACCAAAAAAAUGGCUCAAGAAUCAGGUAUUUCGGAGUCAGAUCUCAUAGUUUUAUCUUUCUUCGCAGACGGAAGACCGCUCAAUAGAAUCAGCGCUGAUGAUUUCAAGACUUCUGAGCAUACUUGUCUCGCCAAAGUGUGUGGUCUCAAGAAUUCGAAAGGUGAAAAUAUGGACUUAACGUUGAGAAUUGAUAGGAGUCACAAAUUUAGCAAGUUUUUGACAUUGAGGGCCGAAAUAUUUGCCGUCAAGGUGAUGCAAAUGACGACUGUUGAGAGAGAAUACAGUUCACUUGAGGGUUUGCCAUUUUAUGACCUAGUGGGGCAAAUCUUGAAAGGAAAGCCAACGCCUACUGAGAAGCAUGAUGAUGCUGAAAUUGAGCAUGUAAAAAGAAAUUAUAAACUCAAUCACUCUCAAGCUGAAGCAAUUAUUGGCACGGUGUCUACUGAAGGCUUCUCUUUGAUUCAAGGCCCACCUGGUACUGGGAAAACUAAGACAAUUCUAGGCAUUGUUGGCUAUUUUUUGUCUACUCGAAAUGCACUGCCAGCUGGAGUCAUCAGACAACCUGUUGAUUCCCUGACUUCAUCAACGGAGCAACUUUUGCAAAAACAAAAGGUGUUGAUCUGUGCACCGAGCAAUGCCGCCGUGGAUGAGCUAGUCUUGCGACUCAGGGACGGUGUUUUCGACAGAUCAGGUAUUCUGUUCAGACCAAAGUUAGUCAGAGUUGGAAGAUCCGAUGCAGUCAACGCAGCUAUAAGGGAUUUGACCCUCGAAGAACUGGUAGAUAAGAAAUUGCAGGGAAAAAGUUACGAGUUUACAAAUGACCCAGACCUCGACAAGAACUUGCAUGGCGCGAUUGCUGAGCGUAAGAAGCUGAGGCAGAAACUCGAUAUUGAGGAUGGAUCUCCAACAAGCAGUCUCUCUACAGAAGAUAUAUCAAAGAUUCAAUUAAGCGUCAGGGAACUCAGCAAGAAGAUCAAUGAACUCGGAAAACAAAGAGAUGAGAUUAGGGAAAGAAAUUCGGUCAAUUAUAGAAGUAGAGAACUGGAUAGACGAAAAGCACAAGCACGUAUCCUGGCGGAAAGCGAUAUCAUAUGCUCCACUUUGUCCGGUUCCGCUCAUGAUAUUUUGGCUUCUCUUGGUGUGAAGUUUGACACUGUGAUCAUUGACGAAGCAUGUCAAUGUACGGAACUAUCAAGUAUAAUACCUCUGAGGUACGGAGGGAAACGUUGCAUUAUGGUUGGUGAUCCCAAUCAACUACCUCCCACUGUUCUAUCUGGUGCUGCUAGUAACUACAAAUACAACCAGUCUCUUUUUGUGCGAAUGGAAAAGAAUUGUUCACCUCAUUUGCUUAAUGUGCAAUAUCGUAUGCACCCCGCUAUUAGUAGAUUCCCCUCGCUAGAGUUUUAUGAUGGUAAAUUGAAAGACGGUCCGGAAAUGGAUGUUCUUAACAAGAGGCCCUGGCAUGAAACCUUACCUCUCAGUCCAUAUAGGUUUUUUGAUAUCGUCACAGGGAAACAGGAACAGAAUCGCAAGACUAUGUCCUUUGUAAAUUCAGAGGAAUGCCGGGUUGCAAUUCAACUCAUUGAAUUUUUGUUAGCAAAAUAUGACAAAAAAGUGGAUUUUACCGGCAAGAUUGGUGUAAUCUCGCCAUAUCGAGAGCAGAUGAUGAAAAUGAAGAGAGAGUUUAAAAGCUAUUUUGGUAAUACCAUUAUGAGAUCAGUUGAUUUCAAUACUAUCGAUGGUUUUCAGGGUCAGGAAAAGGAAAUCAUAAUCAUUUCAUGUGUUCGGGCCGAUGACUCCAAAAGCGGUGUCGGGUUUCUGAGAGACUUCAGACGUAUGAAUGUAGCCCUGACAAGAGCCAAGACGAGCAUGUGGAUUUUGGGUAAUCAUGCUUCUCUGUUUAAUAACCGCUUAUGGAGAAAUCUCAUAACAGAUGCAAAGGAGAGAGGCUGUCUUGAAUUAGCGUGCUCGGGAUUCUUGGAUUCUCACAAUUCAAAGGCUGCUAAUAUUCUUAAAAGAUUUGAGGGAUCGCAUGACCACAUCGACUCUGAUGAUUAUGAUCCUGCUUCUGCGGUUUCGCUGGAGAGGCACUACGUCGAAAAACGAAGAGGCAAGAGGAAACACCCAAGAAAUCAAAAUUCUCAAUUAAAAAGCGAAGCCUCUACUAAGGAUUCAAAUAAUGCGAAGAACUUAUCCACAGAUAAGGCCGGACAUUCGCAGCCGGAGAAAAGAAGGAAAUAUGAUAAUCAAAAUAAUGAAAGUGCUAACAUUAAAUUCAAUAAGGGCUUAGUCAAAGGAACCAAAAAAAAAUCUUCCAUUUUUGGGGGGCAUUCAUUAGCUACAGAUGUCAGUCCUGUUGAGACCGUAGCAAAUCAAAGGGUUUUAGAUGAUGAGAACACUUCUAAGCAUGUGUCUUUUCCAGAUAACCUUCAUGGCGGGGUCAACCUGUCGAAUACAGGUUCUUCUGGAAAGGCAGCAACAACACCAGUUAUUUUUGAAAGUAGGCGUGCCCAUAUUAAAAGUUCUGAUUUGCCGAAAACGAGAACAAACUCUGAAAAUUCUAAAACAAACUCAAAUGAUGCUUUUUCUUCGAACACAGGACAUCUUAACCCAAACUCAGAUGGCUCGACUUCAGCGCAUAACACAACACACAUUCGUGACAUUGAUAGUGAGAAUGAUGAAUAUGACCCAUCCAUAUCUCCCGUACCUUACAUAAAGAAUAAUUCUGGGGAUCACAAAGGAAGCACCGGGGAGAUGGGAGAAUCAAAAAGGUUAGAGGGAGAGCAUGAAAAGCAUGGAGAUGUAUCCAAUUCGCAAUCAAUUCAACGGCAAGAGCAUAACCAUAAGCGGCACCAACAACUGCCUGCUACGGCUCAUGGGGGUGGUCCCGUACCAAGGCUCGAUGCACGACCCCCGCCAAGAUCAGGAAGCUCAAAUCCAUUUAUUCCCAAAAGAAAACUGCCCCCAUACAUUCAUCCCAAAAAAUAG